AUGAGUGUUACUACAGUCCUACAUCCCGUGCAGCAUCCAGCAAUUUCUCGGAAUCACAAACCACAAAUGAACCUCCCUGGCGCAGAGGGUACCUUGGACAAGUUCCCGUCUGUUGAUGACGAAUCCACCACUGUCCCCGGUGACGCGAACAUCCCUUUGCCAACAGGCAACUUGAGGUCCUCCCCGGAUCCCAUGUGGUUGCCGCGGAAAAAUGGACUGAUUUCCAACGGGUUAUCAAACGGGCGAAAGCAGCGCCCGCCGCGCAAGAGUAUCGGUGAGGCGAUCGGGUCGUUUAAGAAGAGAAGUGCAAGCGUCAGUGUGAAUGCACAGGAACUGGCAGAGGCGUUAAAGGCGCCAGUCUCUUAUAAACUGAUCGGGCUGUGUCUUGUUUGGUACAUGACCUCUGCGCUCACCAACACUUCGUCAAAAGAGAUCCUAACUGCCCUCCCAAAACCGAUUACCCUCACUAUCGUCCAAUUCGGCUUCGUUUCGACAUCAUGCCUAGCUUCUUCGUACCUGGCGUCCGUGUUUCCGGGCCUCAGAUCGGCCAUCCCCGCGUUGAGGAACCCAAUUCGAUAUCCCUCCAUCGAAGUCCUCUCAACCGCGUUGCCCUUGGCUUUAUUUCAGCUCGCAGGACAUAUUCUAAGCGCUAUGGCAACUUCCCAAAUCCCCGUUUCGCUCGUCCACACGAUCAAGGGCCUCUCCCCCCUGUUUACCGUCCUUGCCUACCGAUUUCUUUUCCGCAUCCGCUACGCGCGAGCCACAUACCUUUCACUCGUACCGCUUACGCUGGGAGUAAUGCUUGCCUGCUCUUCCAGCUUUUCUACAAACCUUUUCGGUAUCUUGUGCGCAUUUUGUGCAGCCCUCGUCUUUGUGUCUCAAAAUAUCUUCUCCAAGAAGCUGUUCAACGAAGCCGCCCGUAUCGAAGCGGAAGGCCAGACGCUCACCGGCCGUAAGCUGGACAAGCUUAACCUCUUAUGCUAUUGCUCCGGCUUGGCUUUUAUUUUGACAGCACCCAUUUGGUUCUUUUCCGAAGGUUAUCCUCUUUUCAUGGAUUUGCUCCAAGACGGGGCCAUCGAUCUUACGGAAAGGAAGGGAAGCCUUGACCACGGGCCCCUAACUUUAGAAUUCAUCUUCAAUGGACUGUCGCAUUUCGCUCAAAAUAUUCUCGCGUUUGUCCUUUUGUCGAUGAUCUCGCCAGUGUCUUAUUCUGUCGCGUCGCUGAUUAAACGUGUCUUCGUCGUUGUUGUGGCAAUUGUCUGGUUUGGAAAUGCCACUACGCCAAUUCAAGCCCUUGGUAUCGGACUCACCUUUGUUGGAUUGUACUUAUACGACCGUACCAGCCAUGAGGAUGCGGCAGACCGACGGGCAAACGCGGACCACUUCCACUCCCGAAAAACGAUUCUCCCACUCAACAUCAGACAACCUAACAACAAUAAGGGAUGGAACUCAAACGGCUAUGCAUUCCCCCAUCCUAUCAAAGAAGGAGCGCUGGAAGGUGCAAACGGUUAUGUCUCAGCGUCAACAGGCAAUUCUAAAAAGGAUGAUAGUGAGCCGAAUGGGCGACCCAGGAAAAGCAGCGCUGUUCGGCCAUGGAUGCCGCCGGGUACCAAACAGGAGACUACAUGGCACCCCGGCGAUGCUGUACCAUCACAGCAAUUUAUUUCGUGA